UACUGAGGAAUCUCAUUGACUAUGUGCGUAACGAUUUCAUGAACAAUGUGUUUUGUUACUUUGAUUUCAAACACCGGUGUUUGAAACAGUUGAUGCACAUAAAUGAACAUAUAUUAGGCAUACAGAAAUUUGAACAUAGACAUGAGAGGUCAGCAAUUAAUCCGGUAAAGUUCCUAACAAAAAAAGCUCGCUUCCCAAAGAAUCGUUAUCUUAAACAACACAUUAAUCAGCUAUCGAUGAUUGAGUCAAUCAACAAGAAGGACGUAACGAAUCUACUGAAUGAAAUAAAAAUCACAGAAAGAAGAGUGCGAGAAGUAAAAAAUGAGAGUUUGCUGAAACUGAUGCCUGGCCCUGAGCUCCAUCAAUUUCUCACACUGCCAGGUGUAGAUAGUUGUUAUCAUAUCUCCCGAGUGACAUCAGACCAUGUAUGGAUCAGUGAUGAAGGACAGAAUCUUAUAUUGACAAACACAGACGGUGAAAAUCUUCAUCACAUUGAUGAUGUGUUUGACGGUUAUUUUUUUGGUAAUAAAGUACACACGGUAAGCAAAGACGGUGAAUUAAUUUACAUAGAUAAAAAUGGUAACCUUAAAAAACUGUCAAAUGAUCUAAAAACAACAACAACACUUAUUAAUUCAAACUUGAAUUCGCGAUGUGUGUAUUGUUCCUUGAUCACUGGGGACCUACUGGUUGGAGUCUAUUACUCUGAAAGUAGAACAGGCCUUGUAAUUCGUUAUAACCACGCCGGACAACUUAAACAAAUAAUACAAAACGACACAUAUUUAAAGCCACACUCUGUAACAGAAAACAACAACGGAGAUGUUAUCGUUUCUCUGUGUGACUGUGGUUAUAAUUGGACUUGGGAUGGUAUUGUAGUGGUGACAGAUAAUGAAGGGGAUCAUCGUUUUACAUACCAAGGGAAUGGAUAUGGAAUCUUUCCACGAGGAAUCUGUACUGACGCGUUGUCACACAUCCUAGUGUGUGAUGGAUUAAACUUAACAGUACACAUUUUAGAUAAGGACGGUCAAUUCCUGUCUUACCUAUUUAUAAGACCCUCGGGAAUAUUCUCACCACUAAGUCUGAGUUAUGAUGUCAAAACCCAUCGUCUCUGGGUCGGAUCAGAGAACAACAACACGGUGUGUGUCUACAGGUUUAUAACACGCCAGACUUUGCUGACCGAUCAUCCACAGAUUAAUAAUGCGAAAGACUUGCAAAGUGACAUUCAACCCACUAAAAUAGAAAGACAGGAAGUGGAGGAGUGUCAGCUGAAACUGUCUUCUUAUUCUAAAGAGCUUCAUUCUUUUACGGUGACGGGUCUCCAGAAUUGUGUCCACAUUUCCUGUGUUACAUCAGGUAGGGCCUGGGUAAGCAGUUAUAACCACAGUCUCAUCCUGACAAACACAACAGGUGUCACAUUACAUCAUGUGCAAGACCUUUGCUGUCCCUCGGAUUUUCAUGAUUUAUAUCUUGAUUUUUUUCAUGCUGGUGUACACACUGUAAAUAGUAAAGGUGAACUGAUUUAUAUUAGUAAGGAUUAUAAUAUCAAAAAGCUGUCCAAGGAUAUGAAAACAACUUCAACAUUCAUACAGGAAACAGAAAGUACAUGGGACCCAUACUGCGUCUGGUCUUCUGUUUCUACUGGGGAUCUAUUGGUUGGAAUGUAUUCCAAAGUGGCCCGGUACAACCAGAAAGGGAAACUGAUACAGACAAUACAACACGACAACACAGGACUUGACAUGUUUUUGGAGCCUCACUUUAUAACAGAAAACAACAAUGGGGACAUCAUUGUAUCUGACUGCAGCAUCAGCAUGUUCAAUGCUUCAGGGUCUGUAGUGGUGACAGAUUGCGAAGGAAGACAUCGUUUCUCUUACACAGGACAUCCACCAGGAUCAGACCUAUGGCCUCAUGGGAUCUGCACCGACGACCUAUCAAACAUUCUAGUUUGUAAUCGGGGAAAUAUACACAUAUUAGACAGUUCAGGCCAGUUUCUGUCACAUCUAGAACUUAAAGAGUAUUCAUUUCCGUUCAGUCUGUGUUAUGAUGUCAACUCUCGCCGUCUUUGGAUCGGAUCAAUUUUUUCCAAACAAUUGUUAGUUUGCAGCCAUUAUGAACGACAAGAGGCUAUAAAAGAUGGUAAAUCGAGCAGCCCAAAUGAGGAAGAAAGCUUGUCCCACUCACGACAAACCUGAUAAUGGAGAUGUAUUUUAUACUGACAGACUGUUAUUUGUUCAUAUGUAUACUGUGUAGUUCUUUGUUUUAGUCUAAUGUUUUUCCCCUUUGUCCCUUAUAGUUGUACUGUACACUUUCUCAGUCGAUUUACUUGAUAUGUCGUAGAAAUAUAGUAGAUUUGGCACAACCUGUCAAUGCGUGGAAAGAAUUUCAUGCUUAUGAAAAUCUAGAGAUACAUGUAGAGCAUUUUCUUCAAAACAGCAUUGACAGGGGUGUAUAGGCAUGUAAAGACGUUUCAACACCCAUCAUCAAGCUUAGUUAUGAAAAUGCGUUGCUUAUCGACAGACCCAUGGCCUAGCAUAGGAAAAAAAGUAUCAACUGUAUGGAUUAGACAGUUGGUCAUAUUUUUUUUUCUGAACUAAAAACACAAUGUUUUUAUCGCAGUUAUUUGAUUUUCUGAGCACAUUGGGGCCAAUCACACAA